AUGGCGCCCUCAAAGCCCAAGGCGGGACAUGUCAACAUGAUGGCUGAUACUAACAUCGCCAAUCUCCCCCUCGAAGGACUGCGGGCAGUCAUGCGUGGCAUUCUAGCCAAUAGACCCGAUUGUACGCCUAUCUUUGAAGAGCAGACCAGAAACUAUUUGGAAGAGACGGCUUCCAAAUUCUCCAAUGUCAUCGUGGUCGAACAGACCGCCGAUGGGACGGUGCAAACGACACCUUCGUUCCAGCAACUACGAAAGCGCAUUUGCUGUAUGGUGGGAUGUGGUCUAUGCUAUCAAGCCAUCCCCCUGCUUCAAAGCAUCGUCGAGCAAGUCUCUCAGAUCAAACUUGGCUCCGGACAGUCCGCUAUCGCUGAUUCGAUUGCCGGUGUAGAUGGUGAUAUCAUUCAAGCCAUCACAGCCGUUCAAAAGACUCUCUUUGUAGAGACUGGAUCUCGAGAGCUGACUGAAACUGAACGGCUUCCCUUGGAGGCUUUGCUGAAAGCCCUCAUGACAGGCAAGUCUGUCUGGGAAGCCAAUGCUCAACCCUUUGUGCUGGAAAGAGGUCUCGAAGCAACUAUAGAUCUGGUCAACCCUUCUUUGGCAACUGCUCCGGUAGCAAGUGCCGAGCUGCCAUCUGAGAAGCCUCCCGGUGUCAUAUCAGAGACCUUUGAAAUGGCGGGAAUUCAGCUACCCCGGGUAUUCUCUGGACUGUGGCAGCUGUCCAGCCCCGCCUGGGGCAUUGCACCCCGCUCGAAGAUCAUGCAGCAGUUCUCCAAGCAUGUGGAAAGCGGACUUACGGCAUUUGACAUGGCCGAUCAUUACGGUGAUGCCGAGAUCCUAUUCGGCCAAUUCCGCUCUGCAAGUAACUAUUCCGACUCACUCUUUGCCGCAACCAAAUACUGUGUCUUCCACCCUAUGACCGUUACCCCCGAAGCUAUCCGUGCCAAGGUAGACGAACGCUGCCAGAGAUUACGCACUAACGAAAUCGAUCUAUUGCAAUUCCACUGGCAAUUCUACAAUGACCCGCAGUAUAUUGAGGCAUUGAGAUACCUGCAGCAAGACAGCCGAAUCAAACAUCUCGGUCUAUGCAACUUUGACACAGAACAUAUGGAAAUGGUCAUUCAGAGUGGAGUCCAUGUCUACACUAACCAAGUCCAGUUCUCUCUCAUUGACUCCAGACCCACAAUGAAGAUGGUAGACUUCUGCAACAAGAACAACAUCAAGCUACUCACCUACGGCACCCUGCUGGGUGGCCUCCUGGCCGAGAAGUGGGUUGGAAAAGAAGCACCAGAUCUCUACGCUGAAACAAUGACACCCAGUCUCCGCAAGUAUUUCGCAAUGAUCCAAAACUGGGGCGGCUGGCCCCUCUUCCAGGAUCUGCUCCGGACACUGCAGACAAUCGGCCGCAAACACAACGUGUCCGUGUCAAACGUCGCAACGCGAUGGGUAUUGGACUUCCCGUGUGUUGGUGCUGUGAUUGUCGGUGCGAGAAUGGGCGUUAGCGAGCAAUCGCAGGAAAACCUUGCUAGCCUUGGAUGGACGCUUGAUAGUGAGGAUCAGGAGGCUAUCCAGCUGAUUUUGGACCGCAGUUCUCGGGAGGAUAUGUUUGUUAGUCUUGGAGAUUGUGGGGGUGAAUAUCGGUGA